AUGGGUAAUCUCCAAAUUACUAUAAUGACAAUCAAUAUAGACGUUUUUGAAUAUCUCGAAGAUACUUUUAAGGAAAGGAUUAUGUUCCUUGAUGGUGCUAUGGGUACUAUGGUUCAAAGGUUGAAACUCGAAGAAUCCGACUUUAGAGGCAAAGAGUUUGUAAAUUGGCCAAAGGAUUUGAAAGGGAACAAUGAUUUAUUAACUUUAACUAAGCCUGACGCUAUUUAUAAUAUUCACCGACAAUACCUUGAAGCUGGUGCUGAUAUGGUUGAAACGAACACGUUUAGUUCUACUUCAAUUGCUCAAUUAGACUAUGGGUUUCAAGAUUAUGCUUACCGUCUUAAUAAAGAAGGUGCCCAGUUGGCAAAAAAAGCAUGUCUUGAUGUUACGAAAGAAACAGGUAUUCGUCGACUCGUUUGUGGUGCCAUCGGUCCUACCAAUAGAACUUGUUCUAUUUCUCCCUCCGUUGAAAAUCCUGCGUACAGAAAUGUUACCUUUGAUGAACUUGUUACAGCUUAUGUUGAACAAGUACGUGGCCUUCUAGAUGGUGGAGCUGAUAUUCUAUUAGUGGAAACUAUUUUCGAUACAUUAAAUGCUAAGGCUGCUAUUUUCGCCAUUGACAUGGUUUUUGAGAAUGAUAACCGACCCAAGGUGCCAAUAUUUAUCUCAGGUACAAUUGUUGAUCAAAGUGGUCGUACUCUUUCUGGACAAACAGGUGAAGCGUUCAUCACGUCACUUUUCCAUUGUAAACCAGUUGCUUUCGGUUUAAAUUGUGCUUUAGGAGCUGCACAAAUGAAACCUUUUAUUCAAAACAUUGGUAGAUUUACGGAUGCACAUAUUAUUUGCUAUCCUAAUGCUGGUUUACCAAAUGCAAUGGGAGAAUAUGAUGAAAGCCCACAAACAAUGGCAAAAAAUGUUGAGCCUUUUGCAAAAGAAGGCCUUGUAACUAUCGUCGGUGGUUGUUGUGGAACUACUCCAGAUCAUAUUAAGGCUAUAGCAGAUGCUUGUAAAAAAUAUAAACCACGUCCAAAACCAGAAAGUAAAUCAGACAUCAUGUUAUUGUCAGGUCUUGAAGUGCUUCGUGUUGAUAAAACAACUGGAUUUGUUAAUAUUGGUGAACGUUGUAAUGUAGCAGGUUCUAAAAAAUUUUGUCGUCAUAUUUUAAAAGGAGAAUUUGAAGAAGCACUUAUUAUUGCUCGUGCUCAGGUUGAAAAUGGCGCUCAAGUAGUUGAUGUUAAUUUUGAUGAAGGUUUAUUAGAUGGUAAAUCAACCAUGAUCAAAUUUUUAAAUUUGUUAGCAUCUGAUCCUGACUGUGCUCGUGUUCCUUUGAUGAUUGACUCAUCCAAUUUUGCCGUUAUUGAGGGUGGUCUUCGUUGCGCUCAAGAAGGAGAAGAAGAGUUUAUAAAAAAGGCAAAGAUUGUCAAACGCUUUGGUGCUGCUGUUAUUGUCAUGGCUUUUGAUGAAACUGGUCAAGCAGCGGAAGCUAACCGUAAAAUUGAAAUAUGUACUCGUUCCUAUAAAAUUUUAGUAGAAAAAGUUGGAUUUAACCCCUAUGAUAUUAUUUUUGAUCCAAAUAUUCUCACUAUCGCUACUGGCAUGGAGGAACAUAAUAAUUAUGCUGUCGAAUUCAUUGAGGCAUGUAAAGCAAUCAAGUCAACUCUUCCUGGUGCUAAAGUAAGUGGUGGUGUAUCCAAUCUAUCAUUUGCCUUCCGUGGUAUGAACAAAGUGCGUGAAGCUAUGCAUUCUGUUUUCCUUUAUCAUGCUAUUAAGGCUGGAAUGGAUAUGGGUAUUGUCAAUGCUGGAUUUUUGACUGUAUAUGAUGAUAUUCCUAAAGAUCUUCUUCAAUUAUGUGAAGAUGCCAUUUGGAAUCGUGAUCCAGAAGUGACAGAAAAAUUAUUAGAUUAUGCAAAGACUCAUUCUAAAGACAUUAAAAAGGAUGAAGAUUUAGAGGAAUGGAGAUCAUGGCCCGUUACAGAACGUAUUACGCAUGCAUUGGUUAAGGGUGAUAUGAAAUACAUCGUUGAAGACACGGAGGAAGCACGUCUGAAUAAAGACAAAUAUCCUCGAGCAAUUAAUGUUAUUGAAGGCCCUUUAAUGGCUGGUAUGAAUGUUGUAGGCGAUUUGUUUGGUAAAGGCAAGAUGUUUUUACCCCAAGUCAUUCGCUCUGCUCGUGUCAUGAAAAAAGCGGUCGCUCACUUAGUUGAACAUAUCAAAAUUGAGAAAGAAGCUGAAAUGGUUUUAACUGGAGAAACUGAGGUAAAAGGGAAUGGAACAAUCAUCAUGGCAACUGUUAAGGGUGAUGUUCAUGAUAUCGGAAAAAAUAUAUGUGGUGUUGUUCUUGGUUGUAAUAAUUAUAAAGUCAUUGAUUUGGGAGUUAUGGUCCCUUGUGAGAAAAUUAUCAAAACUGCUAUUGAGGAAAAGGUAGAUGUCAUUGGACUUUCAGGUCUUAUUACACCUUCUUUAGAAGAAAUGGUGAUUGUUGCUAAAGAAUGUGAAAAAGUAGGACUAAAAAUUCCUAUCCUUAUUGGCGGUGCUACUACAAGCAAAAUGCAUACAGCAGUUAAAAUUGCACCUCAAUAUUCGUCCCCUGUUAUUCAUGUCUUAGAUGCCUCACGUAAUGUUCCUGUUGUUGCUAGUUUAUUGGAUAAAAACACAAGAGAAGAGUUUGCUGAAGAUAUUCGCAAUGAAUACGAUGAAUUGCGAGAAGAAUAUUACGAAAGUUUAGGAGAACGUCGUCUUUUAUCAAUCCAAGCCGCUCGAGAAAAGAAGAUGGUUAUUGAUUGGAUCAAAAACCCACCUCCAACUAAGCCUACCUUUUUGGGUACAAAAGUCUAUAAUGAUUAUUCCCUUGAAAAAUUAGCCAGUCUUAUAGACUGGAACCCUUUCUUUCAAGUUUUCCAACUUCGUGGUCGAUAUCCUAAUAGAGGAUUUCCCAAGAUUUUUGAUGAUGAACACGUUGGUUCAGAAGCUAAACGACUCUAUGAGGAUGCCCAAGAGAUGCUUAAGAAAAUCAUGACUGAAAAACUCUUUAAGGCUAAUGGAAUCGUUGGCUUCUACCCUGCUCACUCUGUAGGGGAUGAUAUUGAAAUCUAUACUGAUGACUCUCGCGAAGAAGUAGCAGCAGUAUUUUAUGGUCUCCGUCAACAAGUAGAGAAGGAGACUGAGGAGCCUUAUUACUGCUUGUCAGAUUUUAUAACACCCAAGGGUUCUAAUAUAAAUGAUUAUAUUGGUAUGUUUGCCGUCAGUGCAGGCUUUGGCUGUGAUGAACUUGUCAAGAAGUUUGAAGCGGAUCAAGAUGAUUAUAACAGUAUUAUGGUUAAAGCACUUGCUGAUCGUUUCGCAGAGGCCUUUGCAGAGGCUCUUCAUGAAGAAGUACGUCGUAAAGACUGGGGCUACUCCUCUGACGAAUACUUGUCGAAUAAAGAUAAAUUUGCCGUACGUUACCAAGGUAUUCGUCCUGCUCCUGGUUAUCCUUCUCAGCCUGAUCACACAGAAAAGCAAACUAUGUGGAAUUUAGGACAGAUAGGAGAGAAGACGGGUAUUACAUUAACAGAAUCACUUGCUAUGGAUCCACCUGCCAGUGUGAGUGGUCUUAUAUUUGCUCAUGAGCAAAGUAAAUAUUUUGCAGUUGGUAAAAUUGAUAAAGAUCAAAUCGAGGAUUAUGCUGCUCGUAAGAAUAUGGAUGUUGAAACAGUUGAAAAAUGGUUAGGAACAAUUCUUGCCUAUGAUCAUUAA